CCCGCCUUUUAGUCGAGAAAACCCCCAAUCCAGUCGCUCUCACCAUUUUUCAUUAUCAUAACUGAUACAGGAGAGAUGGGAGAAGAAAGCUCGAACGCUGCAAAACGGCCUCAAAUCGAAGAGACGGUUCUACAAAUUCUUAAAGCGUCGGAGUUGGAGACGGUCACUGAGUUCGGCGUGCGUUGCGCCGCCGCCGAGCAGCUAGGCUUCGACCUCUCCGGUUUAGACCACCGUCUGCUCGUUAGGCAGCUGGUCGAUUCCUUCCUGCUAUCCACGGCAGCGGAGAUUCUUCGGACCAAUUCAUUCAAUAGGAUUCCUGACGGCAGUGGCAGCGAUAAAGGCGCUGUUCAUCGCGUCCAGCAGCGGCGGACGGAUGUUGAUGCUGUAUCGGGGGCGAAUUACGAUGGAAAGAUUAUCUGUAAGUUAUCAGACAAUAGGAGGGUAACAGUUCAUGACUUUAUGGGGGCAACUGUGAUCUCAAUACGUGAUUUCUAUGUACAAAAUGGAAAUUUGCUUCCUGUAAGAGGUGGAAGCUCAGGAAUAAGCUUGACAUCUUCGCAAUGGUCAUCCUUCAGGAGUAGUGUUCCUUCAGUAGAGGAGGCCAUUGUUAGAAUGCAAUCGCGGUUGAGUGAGUCUGGAGAUGUUACAAGUCAAAGUGAAGCAGACAUGACAAAUCAAUUUACCGAGUUUGCUAGUGAGAAAAGCCAAACUGCAGUAGGUGUUUCUAAUUUGGCAAGUUCUACUCACCUUCCUGGCAAGAGGAAACGGAAUCAAAGUGAACCAGACAUGAGAAGUUCAGCAUCAGACCCUGCCGAAAAAGGUCCAGCACGGACGGCAAUUUCUAAUUUGGUAAGCACCGUUCGACCCCAUAACAAUAGAGAACGGAGUGAGGUUGAUACAUCUAAUGCAUUAGUUGCCUCCAUCUCUCAAGAGCAUAUUCUUGCGGAGAAAGCACAUGAAACACCAGGUACUUGUGGAACAACUUCUACUUUCAGCUAUCAAGAACAGAUUCUUGCCAGUAGAACUGAAGUGGCCUCUCAAAACUCUACUCUGGUGCCUCCACUUCCUAAUCAACUUGAUAGCACUGCUGCACUUUCUCCAAAUGAUAGUGUUAGUCAAAUGCACUCACAUCAUACAUCUAUUGCAAUUCCUCCUGAUCAGCUGAUCCCAAUACAGCCUGUUCGUUUUGAUGGAAGAAAUUACCAUUCCUGGAAGAUUCAAAUGGAGAUGCUCCUAACUCAGUUGAGCAUAGCAUAUGUGCUUUCUGAGCGAUGCCCCAAUAUAUCUUUGAACCCAGAAGCUAGUUUUGAAGAGAUGGUCGGAGCCAAGGCUGCCAUGCAAAGGUGGAUUACUGAUGAUUACUUGUGCCGCAAUAAUAUAUUGAAUUCUUUAUGUGACAGUCUUUUUCAAUUAUACUCACAAAAAAGCUCAUCAGCUGGUGAGCUCUGGGAAGAACUUAAAGCAGUGUACAAUGAAGAUUUUGGAAACCCAAGGUCACAAAUCAACAAAUAUAUUAAUUUUCGAAUGGUUGAUGGGGUAUCAAUUUUUGAUCAGAUCCAAGAACUGCACAAAAUUGUUGAUUCCAUUAUUGCUUCUGGAACAUGGAUAGAUGAAUACUUCCAUAUAAGUGUUAUAGUCAGCAAGCUCCCACCUUCAUGGAAGGAACUUCGCCUUAAACUGAUGCAAGAGGAGUUUUUAACUCUUAAUAUGCUGAUGCAUCGUCUUCGGGUCGAAGCAGAUUCUCACAACUUCUUCAACAAAGAAGCAAACUGUAAGAAGAGUCGUCAUGUUACAGAGCCAAAGCUUGACCAGAGACAUAGAAUGAAGAAAGAUGAAAACAAAAGAGCAUGCUUUACUUGUGGCAAGGAGGGGCACAUCAGUAAGUACUGUCCUGAAAGGAAGUUAGAACCCUGCGAUAAGAGCAAGGGCAAGGAGAACGGAUUCCUCUCCUCAUGCACAGGCGCCAAAAUGGAUGCUGCAGAUAAAAGAGCUUGCUUUAUAUGUGGCAAGGAUGGGCACGUUAGCAUAAAUUGUCGAAAUAGGAAGUUAGAACCUUGUGCUAAGAGCAACGGUGAGGUAAACGGAUCUCUGUCUCCACCUACAGGCUCCAAAAGGGAUGAUGCAGCAAAACCAAAGUAAAUCAACUCUACUUCCGUUGCUUUUCAUGGGCGUGUCCCUGUAAUCACACACUUCGAAAAGACUCCUUCAUGUAAUUUCUGAGGGAUAAUGCACUAUAAUUGGGGGUUGAUGGUGACCAUUUCCAAACCUAUACUUUUGGAAGCCAUUUCGACCAGUUCUUUUAGGGUGGCUGGUGCUUCCCUUUCGGGAAUCGGUUGCAAAUUUGUAAAAGACAUGUACUUACUGUGCAGUAAGUAUUCUGGUCUUGCUUAGUAGGAAGUGGUGAGUGUGAAUGGUGAAUCAUAGGAAGUGUUAGUUUUCUGUCUUGAAGUACUUCUUUUGUGUUCUUGAUACUAGCCUGACUUUUUUUUCUUUAUUAGUUUGAUCAUUAAUCGAUAUGGUAUAAAUUUUGUAAUCUCAGUUGUUGGGAUCAAACAUGCUGUCCGAAUACUGGAAAUAUUUAUUUAUACCUAAUUCUGAAGUUGGUA